AUGCAAAGCAUUAUUAGCGUAACAACGUUAAAGAAAAAUUUUUAUUUCUUUGAUUUACUCAUAACUCACGAAUACGUCGUUACUCUCGUAGGCAUGCAACACUUGUUCAACCUACUGUCUGAGGUAAGUCAAAAUAAUCAUUUAUUUUGGUGCCACUUCGAAGGAGAUGUUGUCUUUCUUCAUGUAAUUAUACUGCAAAUGUCUACAGUGCGCAGACGAACAAAAACAAGAUCAGUUUGCCCAAUCUCUAUUCACAAGUCAAAUCAGGACUCACGAAGCGAACACAUAAUUCCUCAUUUUUCUGACAUGUUGACAAAGGAUUUCAAAGAAAAAAUAGAUGAAUAUUACCAAAAUUCAUCAUAUCAGCUUCCUCACGUUAUGAAUAUAAGAGAGGAUCAUGUUGAAAAAAAUUCUAUAAAGAAUUUGAACAUUGAGGAAGGUUUUAACAAUUCUAAUAUUCAUGAAAAAAAAAAUGGAAAGAGAGGGAAAAAUUACUAUACCCAUAGAACUCAUACUGAAUGUAUAGACACGUAUCUUAGAAAGAAAAAAAAUAUGAAAGAAAAAGAGGGUACCUAUGAACUCAUAGCGAAUGACAGUUCUAAGCUAGCUGAUGCACAAUGUACGAAGGAAAUGAUGGGUACUGCUUAUGUAUCCAAUCAGGUUGACACGAAUUAUAGGAUUAGUAUGGAAGAUAAGAAUUUUAAACUUAACAUGAAUGAGACAAACUUUGAAAACAAUAAUUGGAAAUCAUUCAUGUUGUGCAUGAUUCAAAGCACGAAUGCAAAAAAUUCAGUGAAUUAUUUAAAGGAAAAAAAAAUUCCUGGCAGGAAAAGAAAGACGAACAAAGAUGAUUAUCCAUCUAAUGUUAGAAAAGAAAAUGUAUUGCAAGAAUCAAUGAAUAUAGAUAUGAACACAUCGAUAAAGGGGAGAAAGGGUACUACUUUGGUUGCUUUAAAUGCUUCUAUAAAUGAGAAAAACACAGGGAAUGUAUCGAAUAUAAAAGCUAAAAUAAUAAAAAAGAAGAGUGAUUCGGGCAAGGAAGAAAUUGAGAAGGACGAAAAGCAAAUGAAACUGGACGCCGUAUCAAACAGUAACAUAGACAUAAAUAUGACAAGACCAGAAAGUAAACUCCAGGGAAAAGAACCAAGAGAUAAGAAAAGUGGAAGAAAAGUUAUGUGCACAGAAGAGGAAGCUGAGGAAGUUAUAAAAGCAGUUAGCUGGGAUGAAAGCGUAGACAUGUUUUAUGAAAAUGGCUAUUUCGUUGUUGUUAAUAAAAACAUACAUAAGAAAGAAAGUGAAGCGAAAAUUCAUGAAAAGAACAGGGAAACUACAAGGGAAAUUUCAUCUUUUGAUAACAAGAACAAAAAAGACACGCACCAAACAUUGCUGACGUAUGUAAAAGUGAACUAUAAAAGCACAUCGGUAUUAAAGGGAAUGUGCCAGAGGGGCAUAUUUUUUCCUGUAUAUUCCAUUAUACACACAUUGCUAUUUUAUCACUCUGUAUAA